AUGGGAUCAACAACAACAAGCAACAGCCAUUAUUACAGCCCUUGUGCAGCCUGCAAAUUCCUAAGAAGAAAAUGCUUAGCAGCAUGUGUUUUUGCACCCUAUUUUCCACCUGAAGAUCCCCAAAAAUUUGCCAAUGUCCACAAGGUAUUCGGAGCAAGUAACGUGGCAAAGCUCCUCAACGAUGUUCUUCCUCAUCAACGACAAGACGCCGUCGUUUCACUCGCUUACGAAGCCGAGGCGAGAAUCAGAGAUCCUGUAUAUGGGUGUGUUGGGGCAAUUUCUUUCCUCCAAAAACAGGUCCAAAGACUCCAAAAGGAACUUGAUGCUGCCAAAGCUCGCCUUUUUCUCUAUUCUAGCACUGAUUUCUCAACUCCCUUUUUGCCUCCUCACCCUCAGAUUAUUACUACUCCUCAUCCACUGAUUUGGAAUAAUAAUCUUAAUCUUCAUAAUAAUAAUAAUGAUAUUAUCACUAAUUAUUCUUCUAUGUAUUUUAAUGGAGGAAUUUGA